UGGUUUGUGUUUACAGGCGUUUGAGUUGUGUUGCUGGUUUAUACUGCGAUGUUAUGUCAACUGUCUUCAAGAUAAACACACCCAGAGAACACAGGUGCUUCAUCUCAGUGUUGUCCUUCAUGCUGCUGGUCGGUGCGCUACAGUGCUAGCCUGCUAGCCUGCUAGCCUGCUAGUGUGCUCUGCACUCGGCUGGCUGCAUUGACGCUGCGUUGGCGUGGCGAUGGAGGGCAGCGUAGCUCCGCUGGGCACAACCGCGGGCGAGCGAGAGGGCGAGAGCAAGCGAGAGGGAGAACGCGAGGGCGAACGCGAGGGCGAGGGAAGAGUUAGCGUGUCCUCCGACUCCGUCUCCACCCUCAACAGCGAGGACUUUGUUCUGGUGUCGCGACUCGGAGACGACACGCCCACCGCGAGUCACCAUAGUGACGACGAGAAGACGGGACUCAAGGUAAUUUCUGAGGAGGGAGUGCGGUUGAAGAUCGUGGGGAACGGCAGUGAGCAGCAGCUGCAGGCGGAGCUUGAAGAUGUUCUGAUGGACCCCUCAUUGGCCGAGCUGGCAGGAAGUGGAACCCCAUUGGCCCAACAGGCAGGAAGUGGAACCCCAUUGGCCCAACUGGCAGGAAGUGGAACCCCAUUGGCUGAGCUGGCGGUGACCGGAGGGGGCGGGGACUCAGGAGCACAGGCCACACCCACACAUGGUAACCCUGGUAACCCCAGGACCUCAGCAGGAAGUGAAGCGCCAACUAAAGUCCCGCCCACACAGGAGGGCACACACACCCCCAGCAAGGAUGACACCGCCCAGACCAAGGAUGAGUCUUCCGAUGGCAAGAGCAGCCGGACUCCGCCCCCUAAACUGGAGAUCCAGAUCCCCACACACACCUCACAGGACGACGCAUACACACAGGAUGAGUCUCCUGUGCCUGAUGAGGACAGCGUUGUGUUCUCCAAGUUGACCUAUGUGGGGUGUGCGAGCGUGAACGCCCCCCGGAGUGAGCUGGAGGCGCUGCGCAUGAUGGCCAUCCUGAGGAGUCAAUGCCAGAUGCCCCUCGAGGUCACGCUAUCCGUACCGGCCGUCUCCGAAGGCACCGUCAGGUUGCUAGAUCCCCAGUCCUCUUCUGAGAUUGCUAACUACCCGAUCUACAAGAUCCUAUUCUGCGUUCGGGGGCACGACGGGACUCCAGAGUCGGACUGUUUCGCCUUCACAGAGUCCCACCACAGUGCGGACAUCUUCAGGAUACACGUCUUCAGAUGCCACAUACAAGAGGCGGUGAGUCGUAUCCUGUACAGUUUUGCGACGGCGUUCAGGCGAUCAGCCAAUCGGAUGCCUCUCCCGGCCCAGGCCACGCCCCUAACGCCGGAUAGUGACGUCUUCACCUUCACAGUCAGUCUGGAGAUCAAAGAGGACGAUGGGAAGGGGACCUACAGUGCGGUGUCUAAGGAUAAAGGUUGCCAGAGCUUUAAGCUUCGCGCCGGAAUGGACAAGAAGAUCGUCAUCUGCGUACAGCAGACAUCAAACAAGGAGCUGGCCAUCGAAAGGUGUUUCGGGCUGCUGCUGUCUCCGGGUAAGAAUGUGAAAAACAGCGACAUGCACCUGCUGGACCUGGAGUCUAUGGGGAAGGGCUCUGAUGGCAAGUCUUACAUCAUCACCGGCAGCUGGAAUCCAAACACUCCGCACUUCCAACAGGUCAACGAGGAGACGCCGAAAGAUAAGAUGGUGUACGUGACGGUGGCGGUGGACUUGGUGAUUCUGGAAGUUGAGGAGCCGGUUCGCUUCCUGCUGGAGACGCGGGUGCGAGUGGCCCCGCCCAGCGAGAGACUCUAUUGGCCCUUCAGCAAGAGGAACUACACCGAGACAUUCUACCUCAAACUCAAACAGUUGGAGAGCGGUGCGGAUCGCAAGGUGCAGGUAGACUCGCUGUACGAGGUGGUGAGUCUGGAGAGCGAGAGCGAGAGGGAACGACGGAAGACGACGGCCCCAAACCUGCACGCCACCUCACACACCCUCGCCCCCUCGCCCCCCGAGGAAGAGGAGGAGGAAGAUAAUGAUGAGCCCCUGUUGAGCGGGUCGGGUGACGUGUCUAAAGAGUGUGCAGAGAAGAUUCUGGAAACCUGGGGAGACCUGCUGUCCAAAUGGCACCUGAACCUGUGUGUGCGUCCGCGUGCGCUGCCCUCGCUGGUGCGUUCCGGAAUCCCCGAGGCCCUCAGGGGGGAGGUGUGGCAGCUACUGGCCGGUUGCCAUAACAACGACCACCAGGUGGACGAGUACCGAACACUCAUCACCAAGGAGUCUCCUCAGGACUCUGCCAUAACGAGGGACAUCAACCGCACGUUUCCCGCCCACGACUACUUCAAGGACACCGGUGGAGACGGACAAGACUCACUCUACAAGAUAUGCAAGGCCUACUCGGUGUAUGACCAGGAGAUUGGCUACUGUCAGGGCCAGUCCUUUCUAGCAGCCGUACUGCUACUGCACAUGCCAGAAGAGCAGGCGUUUAGUGUGCUGGUAAAGAUCAUGUUUGACUACGGCCUGAGGGAUCUCUUCAAGCAGAACUUUGAGGACCUGCACUGCAAAUUCUACACACUGGAGAGACUCAUGCAGGAGUAUAUCCCAGACCUGUAUUCCCACUUCGUGUGUGUGGGGCUGGAGGCCCACAUGUACGCGUCUCAGUGGUUCCUCACGCUGUUCACCGCCAAGUUCCCUCUUUACAUGGUCUUCCACAUCAUAGACCUGCUACUGUGUGAGGGUAUCAGUGUGAUCUUCAACGUGGCGCUGGCCUUACUCAAGACGUCUAAAGAUGACCUGCUCCAGUCGGAUUUCGAGGGCGCUCUAAAGUUCUUCAGAGUUCCGGUUCCGAAGCGAUAUCGAUCCGAAGAGAACGCCAAGAAACUCAUGGAGCUAGCAUGUAGCAUGAAGAUCAGUCAGAAGAAGCUGAAGAAACAUGAAAAGGAAUAUCACACCAUGAGGGAACAGCAGGAGCAACAAGAAGCCCCUAUAGAGAGAUACGAGCGUGAGAACAGGCGUCUUCAGGAGGCCAAUAUGCGUCUGGAGCAGGAGAACGACGACCUGGCGCACGAGCUGGUCAGCAGCAAGAUAGCACUACGCAGAGACCUGGACAACGCUGAGGAGAAGUCGGAUGCCUUGAAUAAGGAGCUGCUGAUGACCAAACAGAAACUCGUCGACUCGGAAGACGAAAAGAGACGACUGGAGGAGGAGUCAGCACAGUUGAAGGAAAUGUGUCGGCGAGAGCUGGACAAGUCAGAGUCUGAAAUCAAGAAGAACGGAUCCAUCAUCGGGGAAUACAAGCAGAUCUGCUCCCAGCUGAGUGAACGUCUUGAGAAACAGCAAACGGCCAACAGAGGAGAACUGGAGAAGAUACGGUCCAAGGUGGAGGGCUGUGCUGUGUGCAGUUCUCUGUUCAGUUCCGAGGGCCGCCUGAAGGUGGCAGCGGUGAGCAGUGGGGGCGACGGCUCAUCAGCCAAUCAGGACGAAGAGAAGCAGGAACUGGCCAAUCAGAUGAGAGAUAUGGAGCUGGAGCUGGCACACACCAAACUACAGCUGGUGGAGGCCGAGUGCAAAAUACAGGACCUUGAGCAUCAUCUGGGUUUGGCCCUGAGCGAAGUGCAGGCCGCUAAGAAGACCUGGUUCAACAGAACACUCACCUCCAUCAAGACCGUCACCGGGGCAACACAGGGGAAAGACGCCACACCCUGACCUAUGACCCAUGACCCUUGACCUACAGUAACCCCUAUACAGUAACCAGGGGAAAGAUAACACCACCUGACCUUUGAACUGCGACCCCUACCUACA